AUGGCAGCAGCUGACGGUGCGAUGGCAGAUGCUGCUGAUGCUGCUCAGCAACGCGAUCAUUUGCGCCUCUUUGUCACUGUCGGUACGACGCGCUUCGACUCGCUCAUCCGAGCCGUCCUCUCGAAUGAAUUUCUAGACGCAGUUGCCCAACUCGCACCCCGCCCGUCAUCACGCGGUGCCCUUCGAGCCCGGCUGACUGUUCAGUACGGCAACUCAUCGAUCGCUGACAUCCUGACCUCGUCUGCGCUCGCAUCGGCAGACGAAGGAAGCGAAAUCCUCCCCGAACCAGGCCUGCGCAUCGUCAAUGGCCGGAGGGUGUAUCAAAGCAGUCCCAACAUCGCAGGUCUCGAUCCUGGAAUGACAGGAAGCAUCUCAGGUCUGCGCCUUCGCACUGCUUUACGCGAUACGAACCGCCCGUUCACUGACAUCGACGAGGCUAGGAGUGCAGGCAAAGGCAUCUUUGAAAGCAUUCUCGACGAAGCGAAAGCCAUGCAGGGCCUGACUAGCAGCGCAGCAAGCUCGGCGCUUCAAGGAGCAGCACUACAAGCCGAAACGGAGCACGGCAUCGAUCUGCAUCUCUUCCAAUUCGCUCCCGACAUCAAGUCAUUCAUCCGGUCUGCAGACGUGGUGAUCAGUCAUGCUGGAUCAGGGACGAUCCUAGACACAUUGAGGAUGCGCCCCAAGCCACCCGCACUGGUAGUGGUGCCCAACACUUCGUUGAUGGACAAUCAUCAGGUCGAGCUGGCAGAAGCCCUCGGCAGAGACAACUUCCUCAUUGUGGGCUCGGAAGAGACGUUGCCCAAGGUCGUGGCCAGAGCACGCACAACAGCUUGUGAUGCUUUUCCAGACUUCGAGCCCUCCCGAUUUGCAGCGAUCGUGGACGAUGCGAUGGGAUUCUGA